AGUCAGAUUUUGAAAUUUUUGGAACAUUUAACUGAUGUUUAUUGGAAUCCAACUCUUUAUUUAGUUUCUUUCUUCUUUCCUCGUUCUCUCCACAUUUUCUGGACUAAUGUGGAUUACAGACUUCCCUCUUCACUGUGAUUUGUGGUCAGAUGCUCCUCUUCUUGGAAAAGGAGUCUUACUUUAAUUGCAGCAUUUCCUUGCUCUGCUGACUGUUUUUCUUCUGUAAGAAGAAAGAGGACCAGACUGUCUUUCUUAACUUUGCUUGUGCCUCUCAACACGUAGCAGAUUGCUCUCUCCGUGGAGCUCCUCCUGCAGUCCUUCCCUUUCUCUCCUGUGUGCAUGUGUUUUGGGUUGGAGGAGGGGAGGUUUUGAUUCGCGGUGCAGUCAGGCGAGGGAGGUCGUCUUACAGACCAGAUAUGGAGGCUCCGCUGUUGAAAGAAAAACUUUUCUAACACUUGGGAACUUCACUUCACUGCACUUCUGACCAAAAAGGAGAUCGUCUUGGAGGAGAUUUACUUCUUCCUUCUUAUGCUUUAGUUGAUGUUUUCUGCUUGGUUUUGGAGGCUCUACCUGUGAAUGAAAAGGAAUGCAUUUUUGGGAUGAAAAGGACAAUAACCAGUGGAUUACACCAUCACCAGCUGUGAGUUGCGGUCAUGUUUAAAAGUGUCUGGAUUGUGGUUGCAGGUCUGACAGUAACAGCAUUCCUUUACUGAACGUAUGAGUAGUUUGGCUGUUAGCACAGUAUUCAUAUCUUUUGACUAUCCUGCUUAUGAACUGCAGUCAUUCUGCUUCAGAGGCUGGAGUACCUCGUUUUUAUUCUCCUGGAGAAUCUCUUCUCCUCCUUUUAUCUUCGUUCCAACCUCCCUCCACUUCUUGCCCUCUUUCCUUUGUGUACUCUGGAGAAAGAGGAGCUCGGGACCAAAAAAAAAAAGAGGACAGAAUGGUGAUGUCAUCAUGUUUGUUUUAAUUUUCACCAAGAAAGCUUACUGGACAGGACAAACGGCACAGCAGCAUUUCAACAUACAAAACUAACUGCGAAGUUAAAGAGCGUUGCUAUCAUUCAUCAUGGUAACUCUUGUUGUUCUGAAUAGCAGCCCUGUGAUUUGUUGACUCCGCCCUCUACUGGGACCAUCCUGAACCAAUCGGAACUCCGCUGCCAACUAGCUAUGGACUGCACGGCGGCAAUUUUGAAAACAUGCGCCCGCUCCAGAUCCAAGUGGCGUCGGCACGGGCGGUCCUCCGUUCAUCGCCAGUGGAGACCGGUGCGUUGCUGUUGUGGCGACGAUGUCACAGCAGAAGAGGUGGUCAGUCAUGCGUCCUCCAUCCUACGGUGCUUGUUGUUCUAUGUCUGCUGUUGUCUGUCCCACGAAGAGAGCCCCGAGCUUGGUCAGGUGUGGGUAGAUCGUCCGGUAGGAAGAAGAGGAGGAAGUGAGGAUGAAGCUGAGGAUGAAGAGUUAGGACCCCCUCCCUCGGUAGACGAGGCAGCUGAUGCGCUGAUGACCAGGCUGGGUUUCCUGCUCGGGGAAAAGGUAACCGCUGGAGAUCCACCUUAUCACGCCCAGGAUGAUGGACAGAGGAUCUCCCCUUCCUCCAGUUUGGCCAGCAGCAGCAGCUCCCCCUGCUCCACACUGCCACCUCCUGCUGGGGGGGAGGGCAACAACAACAACAAGCACGCCUCCUCGAACUAUGCCUCCGUCACAUCCCCCACCUCCACACUGGAGAGCAGAGACAGCGGCAUCAUAGCCACGUUGACCAGCUAUUCUGCUGAGUCAGCAGCGGAGCGGGACGAUAACACUAAGUAUCCCAGCGAUGGUUACCAUGGAAGCAACCAGAACCUCUGGCAGCAGGUGGGCCGGCCGGUGGUGGCCCCCACCUCCUCUUCAUAUGUGAUCGCUGAAGGAACAGUGAAUGACGGCUUCCUGUACAGUGCGGAGGACAACAUGGCCGCCUCCACAUACAGCCUCAACAAACUCCAUCCAGAUAGAGCGACUGGGUCCGUCUACUCACUGGGCUCCACCCACUCCAUCCCUCUCUACCUCAUGCCACGCCCCAAUUCAGUCGCUGCUACUAGUUCUGCCCACCUCGAAGAUCUAGCCUAUCUGGAUGAGCAGCAGAGACACAUCCCAUCAAGGACGUCCCUCAGAAUGCCCAGACAGAAUUCUGGGGGCCGUAGUCAACUGGACCACAGAGUUCGUUUCACUCCCUCUCUCAACCUGAAGCCCCUCCACUUUGAGGUUCCUGGCCUCUCGUCUGAUUGGCUGUUCACCGGCAGGGAGUGGCUCUUCCAGGAGGUGGACACUUGUCUUCGCAGAGGCGACGCAUCAACUUGUAGGGGCGUGGUGAUCGUGGGCAACAUGGGCUUCGGCAAAACGGCCAUCAUCGCCCGUCUGGCUGCGCUCAGUUGUCACGGAAACCAGAUGUGGCCGACCACUGCCAGCACUCAGACCAUACCUCAACACGUAGAGGCUGUUUCUUUCUCCCAUGAUUCCCUGGGAAGAGGAGGAGGGGGCGAUGAAGGAGGAGGGAGGGGAAGCUGUCCAGGGACUCCAGAGAUGAGGAGGAGACAGGAGGAGGCGUUGAAGAGGCUUGCAGGACAGGUAGUCUCUUAUCACUUUUGUCAAGCUGAUAACUGUCACACCUGUCUGGUCCCGGAGUUCAUCCACAACAUGGCAGCAAUGCUAUGUAAUGCCCCUAAGCUGCUGGCCUAUCGAGAGCUGCUGCACCGCUCACCACAGCUCCAGAGCACGCUUAGUAUGCGCUCCUGCAUCCAGGAUCCAAGCUCUGCCCUUGAGAGAGGAAUACUUGAACCACUAGAUGCUCUCUACAGAGAGAGGAAGUUGCACGUGGAAGGGGCGGGGCUUAUUGUAUUGAUUGAUGGGCUGAACGAAGCUGAGUUCCACCGGCCAGACUACGGGGACACGCUGACUUCCUUCCUGUCCCGAAACAUCCAGAAAUUCCCUUCCUGGUUGAAGGUCAUUACCACUGUCAGGACCAGUCAGCAGGACAUCACAGAUUCUUUACCUUUUAACCGCAUCUCUCUAGACAGGAUGGAAGAGAACAAUGCCAUAGACCAGGACCUGCAGGGUUACCUGAUGCAGCGUAUACACAGCAGUGCUGAGAUCCAGAGCAACGUGUCACUGGGCAACGGGCGUCUUGACAACACAGCACUGGCCAAGCUGAUCAGCCACCUAAAGAGCCUGAGUAAGGGCUCAUACCUCUACCUGAAACUGACCCUGGACCUGAUAGAGGGAGGAUCCCUGGUCCUAAAGAGCUCUAGCUUCAAGGUUGUUCCUGUGAAUCUUGCAGAGGUCUACCUGCUGCAGCUCAACAUGCGGUUUCCCACCCAGUCUUCUUUUCAGAGAGUUCUGCCAUUGCUCAACGUAACCGUGGCAUCAUUGCACCCACUGACCGACCAGGAGCUGUUUGAGACCGUGAAUGCUGGCGCUCUGACCGGAGGAAUGCUGCAGUGGGCGGAGUUUGUGCACCGUCUGGAGCAGCUCUCCUCGUUCCUGCUGCAACGGAGUGACGGCAGCAGGAUGCUAAACCACGCCUCCUUCAGGGAGUGGCUGAUGUGGAGAGAGGAGGGUCAGGACGACAGGUUCCUCUGCGAUCCCAGGAGCGGUCACACUCUCCUGGCCUUCUGGCUCUGCAGACAGGAAGGGAAGUUGAACCGACAACAGACACUGGAGCUGGGCCAUCACAUUCUGAAGGCUCACAUCUACAAGGGUCUGAGUAGGAAGCUUGGGGUUUCCUCCUCAGUCCUGCAGGGCCUGUGGCUGUCCUACAGCACAGAGAGUCUGAGCCCUGCUGUCUCCUCGCUGCGCAACCUGUACACCCCCAACAUCAAGGUGAGCAGGCUGUUGAUUAUGGGUGGAGCUGAUGUGAAUUACCGUAGUGAUGUCCUCAGCAACGCCCCCCUGCUGUGUGUCCACGCUCACCUAGGCCACAGUGAUGCCGUGGCACUGCUGCUUGACCAUGGAGCUCAGGUGGAUGCUCAGUCACAAGAUGGUUUGACUGCACUGGGAUUUGCUGCUGCAGCUGGACAUCUGGACAUUGUCACAAUGCUGUGUCAGCACAAAGCUAAGGCAGGUCAUGUGGAUAGCUCAGGUCGGUGUGUGUUGGUGCAUGCAGCUCAGCAGGGCCACCUCGAGGUGCUGCGCUUCCUGCUGAAGCAUGCUACUUGGAGCUGUACUUCCUGCUGCGGCCAAAGGGGGGCGACCAGGUGCCAGGCAGUGCAGCAGGCUGUGACUGCAGGCGCCAGAAUGGGCCACACAGAAAUGGUGUCAUACCUGCUGGAUCUUCCAGAGGAAGACGAGAAAGAUGAGGAGAGACCGGAGAUCAACACACCUGACAGUCUGUGGGGAGAGACAGCUCUGACAGCAGCAGCAGGAAGUGGCAGGCUGGCAGUCUGCAGGCUGCUGCUGGACCAGGGGGCUGCUGUGGACCAAGGCAACAAGCAGGGUGUGGCUCCACUCUUCAGUGCUGUGAGACAUGACCACUGGAAGGUGGUAGAGUUAUUACUAAAUCACGGGGUGGAGGUAAACAUGGUCGACCAGCAGGGUAGAACAGCGGUGAUGACAGCAGCCUCAGAGGGACAUUUGACCACUGGCCAGCUGCUACUGGAUCAUGGAGCCUCACUUGAGCAGACCGACAGGGAAGGGUUAACAGCGCUGAGCUGGGCAUGUCUGAAAGGCAAGCUCCAACUGGUCAGAGAGCUGGUGGAGAGAGGUGCGGCCACAACUCAUGCUGACCGCAGUGGACGGACACCUCUGGAUCUGGCGGCCUUCUGCGGUGACCCAGAAGUGGUGCAGUUCCUGGUGGAUCAUGGUGCAUCGGUGGAGCAUGUGGACUGCAGCGGGAUGCGUCCACUGGACAGAGCUGUUGGCUGUAGAAACACUUCAGCAGUCAUCGCUCUACUCAAAAAAGGAGCCAAAAUAGGACCAGCAACCUGGGCCAUGGCAACCUCUAAACCAGACAUCUUAAUGGUUCUGCUCAGUAAAUUGAUGCAAGAGGGAGACAGACUUUACAAGCAAGGUAAAGCGAGGGAAGCUGCACAUUCCUAUCAGUCAGCCCUUCAGAAGUUCCCAGGGGACGAGCUGAAGACGUUCAAACAGCUGAGAGUGUGUGUGCUGCUCAACCUGUCGCGCUGCCACCGUAAGAUGCACGAUUUUGGCCUUGCCGAGGAGUUUGCUACCAAGGCGCUAGGGCUGAAAGCAAAAUCCUAUGAAGCUUUUUAUGCCCGGGCCCGUGCCAAACGCAGCCGCAGACAGUUUCAUGCAGCACUGGAGGACCUGAUUGAGGCCAGCCGGCUGUGCCCAUCCAACCGGGAGAUCCAGCGCCUGCUGUCCCGUGUCAAGGAAGAAUGUCGGCAGGUUGCGCAACAACAAUCUCCCCCUCCUUCAUCACACCAUAUUUAUCAACAGAAUGUGGCCAUGACCAUCAACGAAAUCAGGUCUAGAGAUUCAGGUUGUCUGCAAUUGCUGGACAGGGAGGGGCUUACAGAGGAAGAGGAGGAGGAGGAGGAGAGUUACAGAGAAGGAGAUGAACGUCCUCACUCUUCCACCUUCCACCCUCCACCUGUGGUUCAAAACCUUGACACCAACUGCAGCCCUGGGGUGCCAUCACCUUCUUCCUUGUCCCCCACUCACUUGUAUUGUCACCUCUCCAGCCCCACCCACUCCACCUCCUUAACUUCUCCCUGUCACUCUGCACCUCCUCCAUCCUCCUCCAAUCACCAUUUCAGCCCUCCGCCCUCUCCAAUGCAGCAUCACCAGCAAGCUAGCCCUUUGUCAGAAAGUACGCCCACAUUGUCAGGAAAUGGAGGUCUGCAUUACCAUUCACAGUCAAGCCAAGCCCUCCAUCACUCAAACCAGAACCAAGGAGUGCAGCAACAACGCUUUUUGCCCCAUCAGAGAUCCUUCCAGAGGCAGAACCCUGUUCAGAGCCAGUGGCUCCAACCAGCUAAAGUCGAGGUUGUCAGAACCAGUCAGCCGAGUUCCUCGGCUCACUCCGGCAUGAUUCUGGGAAGUUCUGCCUACUCCCAGUUUCAUCAGCUACCGCAAGAGCUGGCUGAACUGGGGGAAGGCAUUUACCCGAGCCCUAUAGAUAUCAGACCUAGCCUGGAGAGCCAGGCUGGUCUGAGUUCUGGAGCUUCAUAUCCUCUAGAUGACGUGGAUGUUGAUCAUAAGCAGAUGCAGCCAAGAACUGCAUCUGGUUAUGGCAGAGAGGAAGGAGGGGAGAUGGCAGGGAUAAAUCGAUUUGGCCAGGCCCGGCAGUUAAGCCGCAACCAAUCCAAAGCAGCCUACUACCCCAUGGAAGUGACUGAGACGACAAUGGGGCCUCAUGAUAGCCUUCUAUCAUCUCACCAAUACCACCAUCAGGGUGGACUUCGACGCCCCCUCAGUGCCCAUCCGACCGCCUCCUCAGCCCCCCCUAGGCCACUUGUCCACUCCCAAAGUAUCAGCGUCCGUUUCUCCACUAGCAGCGGCAACCUCGCUUGCGGGCAGCCCGUGAAUCAAGGCCCAGGCUUCAGGACCUCUGCCUCCGCCCAGCAGAUGGAUUUCCAAUCAGAUCUGGUCUCUGUGGGAGAGGUUAUUGGCUACCAUGACGAUUUUUUCCUGAUCUCCUCUCCGCAGUCAGAAACAUCCAUCGUCGGAGGUGGGACUUAUCCCGGAGAAGCGGGACGUUCAUCGAGGAACACUCCUUUUAUGGGCAUUAUCGACAGGACUGCGAGGGUGCACCAGCCGUAUCAACAGCAAGCUCCAUCCAGUUCGGCAUCCUGUCUCAGCCCUUCUCGCUCCUGGGCCGUGUCUUCGGUGGACACAGUCGUUACCUCACCAAGCAAAACCCCUACCAAUCAAGGCUUAGGUCAGCUCCAGCCAUCGUCUAUCACCUACCACAACCGCAGCAACAACAAUGCCCACAAUGGUCACCUCCUCCACGACAACCAGCUUGACUACUACGAGGGGCUGCAGGGUAGUGGUCCUCAGAAAGAAGGCCCGGUGAAGGUUGCCAGUCAGAAUCCCUCCUUCCUGGAUGUCAAGCUGGCUCGAACAAUGCCGGUGAUCCAUAACUGCUCAGACAGAUCAACUGACAGAAAGACAGGCCCUACCUCUCCUGUUAAGCCAAAAAGACCCUUUGUAGAGUCCAAUGUAUAGAGAGAAACAGAAGUAAUAAGUCCAAGACAACAGAGGGGGGUUAAUAAUAAGAUGCUAUAAAUAAAUGAGUGCACUUACAUCCCAAGACUCACUUGGGCCAUGAAACUAUGUAGGACUUGCAAUGUUUGAAACAAACUAGUUUGUAAAAACCUGUAGUUCAGAGAGUGUUCAAAGGGCAAGACGCAAUAAUCAUUCAAAUAGAGACAACAGCACACACUUCCAGUUUCUCUUUGAAGAUACAGAUGAUAUGGAACUCAUGAUUAUGAGUACGAGACCAUGUGUACAAGAGAGUACAAGUUCAAUUCCUGCCUAUGUUUUCACAUAGGAACACCUGGCCAGUCGCUGUCUGUUGGCAUGCUUGCCAGAUUGUUGGUUUGAGAAAGACAAACACUUUGUUUAAAGCAUACAAACAGAUCUGUUGUUCAGACAUCUAAACAAAAAUGUAACCAAAUUGCCUGUUACAAGCCAGGUUUGUCAAUUACCCAGCUAGAGACUGAAAAAGGAGAGAGAAGGGAUAAAGGUAAUGAGAGAAACCAUGAGAAAGCUCUUUGCCAUUACAAAGCACAAUGAUAAAAAGCACCACAAAAAAAAAUACCUUCCCUUCCUGACUCAUUGUCAUCUCAAACUGGAGUCUCACCCAAAAUGUACUGUUCUAGACUUUUUCUGCAAUGUAAGUGAUUCUGACAGUCAGUCAGACAAGACAGACCACUAUCAGCUUUGUCAGUCACAUAUUUUCAUUUAAAUAUUACAUUUAAGGUGCUUAAAUGAUAAAAUGAGUGGAAACUUGGAAACAGUCACUGCAGGAUCCAGGCUCUAAAACUUGUGCCAGUCAGAUGCCAGUCAGUGAGCCAGUCUCAAGCCAUAGUUAAAGAAACUAGGAUAAUGCCGUCAUUGAUUAAGCACUGACUUGCUGUAUAAAAAAACAAAAAUAAGUGAUAUUUAUCUUUUCUUUAAGUUAUAUCUGUAUUAAACUGUAUACUGUAAAUAUUGUUUCUCUUAAAAACUGUAUAUUCCUUUUGGAUUUGCAUUUUUAUGUUUCGUUUUUCACACAUUCUUUUCAAAGAGACAAAAGGGAAGAGCAAAGUUGGAGUUUAGCUUUGCUCAAUUGUUGGUGAACAUCUUUUCCUACUUGUGUAUAAAUAGCAAUGAUCAGCAGUGAACAUUCUGUAAAAAUGUCUUUUAAGUGUUUUAGGUUUUUCUGUUUUGCUUCAUAUAGUGAUUUUGUUUUUUUCUAUGAAGGUCUUUUGUAUUAUGAAGUCGUAAAGGUCCUAAUUUACGCAAACCACAGGGACCCCAACUGAUAAACCAGGGCCCUUUACAUUGCCAUGAAAAAAUAGUGCAUUACAUGACAUGCAAUUAGCUCCAUCUUCCCUCAGUUACUCCGCUGACUAUUUGCUAAACCUUUCCCCUUAAAGCACUGAUGGUUCAAGUUUGGCGUCUUUUUUUUCCCUUGCCUUUUCAUAACCAGAAACACAUAGGACAAGCGUAAAGAAUGGAUUUAACCAUAUCUGUUCUAACCUGCAAUCACUAGCUGCCAGGCGAACUAGCUUACUACCUACAGCAGUAACGGGAGUGUUGUUCCCUUGGCCAAGAGACACUUUAUUAAAGGUAAACUAUGCACAAUUUGUCAGUUGUGGCCCCUUAACAGACUAUUCAAGGUUAUCUCCCUCUCGUCAAUGGUCAAGACAGACGGAGAGAGCACAGUGGUGGUAUCUUUAGACAUCCAUGAGUUAUACAGAGCAAUGGCAGCCUGGUUGCUGCGUUUUCAUAGAGUCAGGACACCACACGCUCCAUGAUGUUGAUGGCUGGGGACUACACUCCACUGUCCAAAGUUUGACACCCAGAAGCAUCCCAGACACAGCUUUAGACACAGGCCCCGCCACACACUUUUCAUGGGUCAUAAGAGACAGGGAUGACUUUUGUAUGAAUCUACACAUUGUUUGUUUAGGAAAACCACACAUGGUAUACCUUUAAAUAACUGCAUAAGUUUGAAGAGUUAUAAGUAAAAAAGCCUGGUUCACCACUAGCUUAUCCUUUGUGUUAGAUCUGCUAGAAACAGCCAGCAAGCUCAUUUCAGAUGACAAAGCAAUGGUUGAUGUUUUUCUGACUUUUUCAAAAUCUUAUCUUAUCUCUUAUUAAACCUUUGAAUAUACAGCUAUCAAGCUCAUUAAUUUAAACUGAAUUUGAAUACCUGUGUGAGAAACAAACGUUUUACAGGCAUUACAGCAGUAACAAGGGGAGGAUGUUAGCAAACAACAAAUCCAAGGGGGACUAGUUUUUCAUAGGAGGUGUGACUAACAGAUGGUAUUUCAGAAAGUGGAACUAAAAUGUCAGUUUUCAAAUGUAUUUUAUGCACAUUAAAGCCUGUUUAUUGUACAUUUCUUUUUACAUUUCUAAUUAAUCAGAACCCUGGUUUCAGAGUUGCUGAUGCUGAUGGAAAGUAUGACCUCUGAACUGUCUGUCACAGUACAGUUUCUGUGACCACUGCCCUCAGUUCCUACUGCUCAGAGGUUUCCAGCUGUUAGAGAAUGUGGUUAUACUUAACCUCUCUGGUUCACAGGCCGUUUUCAGCCCGCUGGGUAUUAUAUGUAACUUCCGGACAGUUAGAACGAAGUACGAUAUUAUCUCGGAAGAUUGAAUGUUCAGGAGUAGUUUCAAAUGUUCAUGUUUGGAAACAGCUUGUCAUAGUGCACCAUUGUUGCUUUAAAUCCAUGAUGAGCUGUAUGACAGAUGUGUUGUCUUAAAAAAACAAUUUGUUGUGCUGUACAUGUAGGCUAUAACUCCCAGCCUACUUAGGGGACCUUAGCCCAGCAUUCGAAAUACCACUGGUAAUCAAGCGUUACUUCUGAUGUUCUGUGUGUGUGUGUGUGUGUGUGUGUGUGUGUGUGUGUUUACUGUGGGCUUUUUCCACUGUAUGUAACCUGUCUUAAUAUUUAAUAUCCCAGGAUGGUUAGCAGUUAGAAGAACAUCAUUAUGAAACACUUAAAAACAACAUGAAUGUGUCAUCUCGUGUGAAAUUACCGACUGCUGCAUUACAAAGAGGAAUAAAGAUGAAUGAAAUACA